AUGUAUUUCCUUCCUCUUCUUCUGGCUGUGUUCUCCGGAACGAUUGCAUUCUCAGUUGAUGUUGCACCACAUUGUGAACUCCCAUUGGAUAUGGGCAAAACACCAUGUAAAGAUGGAAAAAAGGAAAUCAGAUAUCACUUCGACACCAGAGCAUUCAUGCCACUUGCAUUUGAAUUGAAUACACUGGAUGCGGCGGGAAUAAAAAUAACUUCAAGAAAUCAUGUGUUACUUGAAACCGAAUUUUCAGUUGACUUCACGGGAUGCGCUGCCGGAAGUGAUCCUUUACCAAAAACAGAACUUUGCCAGGAAGAUAAAGAAUGUGGCCCAAAAGGAAAAUGUGAAUGGUUUGGAACGUUCAAGCGUUGUUGUGAUAAGGAAAUCACCGAGAAGUUUGGUGCUGAUUUCUCUCCAAAAUGUGCCAAAGGCAAGAAAGUUGUCGCGGAAGGAGAAUGA